AUGCAAGAGAGAUCGCACAUGGUGGAGUACCACGGGUCUUUUUUCGAUAAUUUCGAUUGCGUUCUCAAUGCGGCCGGUUCGGUCCUCUGCCGUCAAUGCUUCGAUAGACGUAGUGGCUGCGAAUCGUCGCCCGCCGGAACCCUCGGAAACGCUCACGAAUACACCGAUUUACUCGAUUGGUACGUGGAGACCUUCUUCGUUGAAUUGGAAGAGGGGGAGGAAGACGAGGAUAUCGUGAUUUUUAAUAAGGAUGUUCGCCGAGCGAUUAAUGAGGCAUUCAAACAUCUAUCCUCUGCCUUUGUACAGACGGUAGCGGUUCAUCGUCGUUACCACGGCUUGACGACCAACCAGAAAUCGCGUCGCGUUAUUGAUUAUGAAGCGUUUUUGGCGCGCCGCCGUGAACUUCCGGGAGUUAACUACGAGAAGUUGUAUUUGAUGCCUGGCGAUGCGGGAUAUGUUCUGUGGACCGGCGCAAAGCGGUCGUUCCGCACCGCCAUUACUGAAGCGUUGAACUGGCAAUUCGAGGGCGAUAACCUCGAUGACGUGCUCGAUAACGUAUUGGAGGGUUGGCCAGUCAUUAUUGGGGAGCUGUAG